UGCUAUAUAUCAGUAUCACUCCUGGUUAUUAUUUUAUAUAAUAUAAUAUAAUAAUGUUAUGUAUAAUCAGUUUCUAUUUAUGUGAACAUGAAAUUACAGUCUCUAGUAUUAUUAAAUGUAGAACACAUUGGGAAUCUAGCAGGAUAGCGGAAAUUAUUUCACACUGUAUAUUUAUAGAACGCGGUGAAGUCAUGAAAUGAUGGUGCGGGCCUUUGUUGUUCAGUUGGAAUUGUACUCAAUUAAACAUUGUGAUUAAUUAACUUUGUUCCACUUAGAGAAAACCUUGUCAUUAACUCAAUUCUCUCAUAGAUGCUUUUAUAAAGUCUACCACAGUGAUUUACCCAUUUAUGCAGCAGGGCAUUCUUACUGUAUGCAUUCAGGACUGCGCAAUCAGCGUAUCGGGUUCGAGAGGGAGGGCAAAGACGAGGCCAGCGGUCAUGGAACCAGCCUCAGUGGCAGAGAACCAACCCAUCCGCUCUUCUGGGAGGCAGGUCAACGUAAGGGUGAAGCGCUGCAACAACACUCCGAGUGGACAGUCUAAAAGGAAAGCAGUUGACACAGAGGAAGAGGAAGACCAGUCUGAGAAGAAGUACAGGAAGUGUGAGAAGGCAGGGUGUUCGGCCACAUAUCCGGUGUGUUUUGCCAGUGCUUCUGAAAGGUGUGCCAAGAACGGCUACACCUCGAGAUGGUACCACUUGUCCUGUGGAGAGCACUUUUGCAACGAAUGCUUUGAUCACUAUUACAGAAGCCAUAAAGAUGGCUACGAGAAAUAUGCCAGCUGGAAGAGGGUGUGGACAGGCAAUGGAAAAAGUGAGCCCAGUCUGAAAGCUUUCAUGGCUGAUCAGCAACUUCCAUACUGGGUUCAGUGCACCAAAUCAGACUGCAGAAAGUGGCGUCAGCUUACCAAGGAGAUCCAACUCACCUCAUCGCUGGCAAUGACAUAUCGCUGUGGAAUGAAGUUCAACAAUGUUAAGAAUGAGGGUCCCGACCAGUGCUCCCAGCCAGAGGAUAUGAGAGUGGCCGAAGUGAUUGACAGCUGGUGGCACUCCAUGCUCAUCUUGCCCCCACUGCUUAAGGACAGCCCAGCCAGCCCUUUCCUCAUCGCCUACUAUCCCGACUGCGUAGGCAUGAGCCCCUCAGGGUCACCCAGCAACAUCCCUCUCAGCGAGUUGAAGGCAGAGCACCUGAGGGUUAUCCAGCCACAGAUUCCAGGGCUGUGCCCGUACUUCCAGCCCUUCUAUCAGCCCAAUGAGUGCGGCAAGGCUCUGUGUGUCCGUCCUGACAUGAUGGAGCUGGACGAGCUGUAUGAGUUCCCCGAGUUCUCCCGCGACCCCACCAUGUACCUCGCGCUGCGCAACCUCAUCCUGGCCUCCUGGCAUAGAGACUGCAAGGAGGUGUUGACAGCCCAGAAGUGUGCGGCCCAUAUCAUCGUGCGGGGGCUGGUGCGGGUUCGCUGCGUGCAGGAGCUCGACAGGGUGCUCUGCUUUAUGACCAGGAAGGGCCUGAUCAAUACUGGAGUGCUGUCUGUCAAAGAGCCCCUGCUACCCGAGCCCUACCGCAACAAGAAGGUGGUUGUCAUUGGAGGCGGAGCUUCAGGGUUGGCUGCAGCCCGGCAACUGCAGAACUUUGGCAUGCAAGUAGUGGUCCUGGAGGCCAGGGACCGGAUCGGGGGGAGGGUCUGGGACGACACUUCGAUGGGACUGGCCGUGGGGCGAGGGGCCCAGAUUGUGAAUGGCUGCGUCAACAACCCAAUCGCAUUAAUGUGUGAGCAACUGGGCAUUAAGAUGCACAAGCUGGGUGACAGAUGUGAUCUGAUCCAGGAGGGAGGGCGAACCACAGACCCCACCAUCGAUAAGCGCAUGGAUUUCCACUUCAAUGCCAUCCUUGAUGUGGUGUCAGAGUGGAGGAAAGACAAAUCCCAGCAGCAGGAUAUGCCUUUGGGAGAAAAGAUACAAGAGGUCUACAAAGCUUUCCUCCAGGAGUCUGGGAUUCAGUUCACUGACCUGGAAGAGAAGGUGCUACAGUUCCAUCUCAGUAACCUGGAGUUCGCUUGCGGCAGCAGCCUGGAUCAGGUGUCUGCGCGCUCCUGGGAUCACAAUGAGUUCUUUGCCCAGUUCUCUGGGGACCAUACACUGUUCACUCAGGGCUACUCUUCCGUGCUGAACAAGCUUGCCGAGGGCCUCGACAUCCGUCUCAAUACUCCGGUCCAGACCAUUGAUUACUCAGGGGAAUUGGUCAAAAUCAUGUCAUCCAGUGGGACCCAGUGGACGGCACAAAAAGUGCUGGUCACAGUCCCGUUGGCUUUGCUUCAGAAGAACACUAUCCAGUUUAACCCUCCUCUUCCCGAACGGAAGCUGAAGGCAAUUCACAGUCUUGGUGCGGGAAUUAUUGAGAAGAUUGCCUUGCAGUUCCCGUACCGGUUUUGGGACAGCAAGAUUCAGGGCUCUGAUUAUUUUGGCCACAUUCCUCCCGGUCCAGAAAACAGAGGGAUGUUCGGUGUGUUUUACGACAUGGAUCCAAAGAGAGAGCAAUGUGUGCUGAUGUCAGUCAUCACAGGAGAUGCCGUAGCCACCAUCAGGGAUAUGGAAGACAGCCAAGUGGCAAACCUAUGCAUGAAAGUACUGCGUGAGCUGUUCAGAGAGCAGGAGGUGCCAGAGCCAGUGAAGUACUUUGUGACCCACUGGAGCAAAGACGUGUGGUCUCAGAUGGCGUACAGCUUUGUCAAGACGGGGGGUAGUGGGGAGGCCUAUGAUAUCAUCGCUGAAGAAGUUCUCGGAAAAUUGUUCUUUGCUGGAGAGGCCACCAAUCGGCACUUCCCUCAGACAGUUACAGGAGCCUAUCUGAGUGGCAUACGGGAGGCCAGUAAAAUGGCAGCUUUAUAACCGUCUGCAAGAAGCAGCCAAGAUCAGAUCAAGAUCACAAUACAUUUUGAAGGGUGCGUGGCUGCACUGGAGCUUGUCCAAAUGUCAGCAAGUCGGUACUAAUCAACAAUGGAAAAGAUAAUAAUCUGUUCAUAUUUUAUUCGAGUGGAAUAUUGUUGAAAUGCAAUCUUUUUUUUUAAUAAUGAGGAGUUCUAUUAAAAUUUUCAUUGUAGUAAGAGCACUUAUUGUUUAUUAAUCGUGGAGAGUAUGUAUGGUAAACAACUGUUUGCACAAAAAAUGCAUAGGUACGUUUUUAUGGUUUAUUUAUGGGUUAUUUAAUUAAGGCUACAAAACUGAAUUGGUGACAGUACCUUACCUUAUCUCUCCUCAGAACAAACACCUUUCCUACUCUGACACAUUUGGUGUAUUCUCAUAUGUUUCGUGAUCAAGAAACUGUUUAAAAGUUUAUAGUGUUGCAGUUAUUUCAGGUUUUUUCAUUAAAAUUCUUAAAGUAUGCAGAAUUUAUCCUGUGAGUUAUAAUUUCUAAUGUAGCCUAUUUAAUAUUUUUUGUUACAUGUGUUUUUAUAUAGGGGGGCGCGGUGGCGCAGUGGGUUGGACCA